AUGAAACCUUCGCUUCUUUCGCUCGUUGCACUAAGCGUCUCUUCGACCUCCGCGGUGCCCAUCACGCGGUCUCUGUCUGAUCAUGCGACGUUGCCUCUCAUCAAGUAUCGCAACAAUCAUUCGAGCGAUCCCGGAGAUGUGCGCUCUUUUGCUUGCAGAAAGCAAGAUGACCUGAUCGCCGACACUUUACCACGCGCGCCUCCGGAAGCCGACAAGAUGGAGCUCGGACAUACACACCAGCCGUGCUCCAUGAAGAUUUCAAAGGGGGACUUCAAGCGUCAAGAUCCCAAAGUCGAACUCGUCGCCUUGCAAGAUAUGUUGACACAGCUGCUCGACACCAUCCUGAAACCAGCGGAAGGCCGAACUCCUGUACCCACCGAGUCACCGCACGAGGCAGACUUCGGCAUUAGUACAGAGCAUGGUGGGGAUAUUGGCAGCCAACGUUAG